CUUUGCUCGACAUCCUUUCCUGCAGGCCUGGCCCCUUUGCCCCUCCCUGUGUCCCUGGUGUGUGUGACCUCCGAGAAGCUGACUUGGGGCCGAAGCUGGCUGUGGGGACAUUCCCAGCCUUUGCCCAACUGCAGCCCACUGGGCGCUAGAAUCCCAUCUCAGCUCCCUUUGCAGGGGCUGGGCCUGAAAAGAGGUUUUAAGGCUCCUUUUAAGAAGAGGAGGCUUCUGAGGGGACAAACCCUUGACUGAAGGGAGGCCAUGAAUGGAAACAGGGAUUUGGAUGCUGAUAGUGGAGGCGGGCUUGGCUUGCCCUGCUGGCCACAGGGGUGGGGUCCAAGGUGAAGAGGCUCCAGUUUCAUGUUGUGCUGGGGCCGCCGGAGCAGCAGGCAGAGGCCAGCUUCCAGCCAUGAGAUGUCAGUCGGCGGGCAGCACGGUCCAGGGCUCAAAGAUGUGUGCAGAAGAGCAGUGAAAAAUUUGAGUCUCUGCCGCAGGUGUUCCUGGCUGAGGCUGAACAGUGCAGCGCUAAGUCAGAACUGCCCAAGGAAGAUUCUGCCCACGUUUAUCUCAAACUGGUCUGCAGGGCCUCGGGCUGGGACCCGUCCCAGGAGCUACCCAUCUGCAAAGAGAGCCCACACUGCCUCGGGAAAAAUUGGCUGAAUAAAAGGCCAAUCAGGACGCCACGGCUCCGCCUGACGCGAUGGCCCAGCCCUACCCCCCCGCCCAGUACCCUCCCCCACCGCAGAACGGCAUCCCUGCUGAGUACGCCCCGCCCCCGCCGCACCCCACGCCGGACUACUCGGGCCAGACCCCUGUCCCCCCGGAGCACGGCAUGACCCUGUACACACCAGCACAGACCCACCCGGAGCCGCCGAGCAGCGAGAGCAGCACGCAGCCCACUGUAGGGGCCCAGACAGUGCCGCAGACAGACGAGGCGGCACAGACCGACAGCCAGCCCCUCCACCCCUCCGACCCCACAGAGAAGCAGCAGCCCAAGCGGCUGCAUGUCUCCAACAUCCCCUUCCGGUUCAGGGACCCCGACCUGCGGCAAAUGUUCGGGCAAUUCGGAAAAAUUUUAGACGUGGAGAUCAUUUUUAACGAGCGGGGCUCCAAGGGUUUUGGGUUUGUAACUUUUGAAACUAGCUCAGAUGCUGACCGAGCCCGGGAGAAGCUGAAUGGGACGAUCGUAGAGGGACGGAAAAUUGAGGUCAAUAACGCCACGGCCCGAGUCAUGACCAACAAGAAGACUGCGAACCCCUACACCAACGGCUGGAAGCUAAACCCGGUGGUAGGCGCAGUCUACGGGCCUGAAUUCUAUGCAGUGACGGGGUUCCCCUACCCCACCACCGGGACAGCCGUGGCCUACAGGGGCGCGCACCUACGGGGCCGGGGCCGGGCUGUGUAUAAUACGUUCCGGGCUGCGCCGCCCCCACCCCCCAUCCCGACUUACGGAGCGGUCGUGUAUCAGGAUGGCUUUUAUGGUGCUGAGAUUUAUGGAGGCUAUGCUGCCUACAGAUACGCUCAGCCAGCAGCCGCAGCCGCAGCCGCCUACAGUGACAGUUACGGCAGAGUCUAUGCGGCUGCGGACCCGUAUCACCACACCAUUGGCCCCGCAGCAACCUACAGCAUUGGAACCAUGGCUAGCCUCUGCCGAGGAGGGUACAGCCGCUUCACCCCCUACUAGCAAGAGGCCCAGCCCCUAACAGCAUUCACACUGACUGCCUAAUACACACCAAACCCAGCAGUCCAAAACCAGGCACAGCCACCCGGAGGACAGUGCACCCCUCCCGGUCAGCGACACGCGCCGCUGACCUCCGCGACUCUUAAGUCCAUAGGUUUUACCUCCAGCCAGCUGGUCUUCCCCACGAUGGCGUGUGUGUCUUUGGCCCUGGUCACCCCCGUAUGUCUGAAACCUUGGUUCCUAUUUUGACUUUGUUGACGUUGUGCCCCCCCAAGCCAUUUCAGGUACAGUAUGCACAUAGUGGGAGGGGCUAGGCUGGGCAGAAGACCCCUCCCCAGAACUAGCAAUAGAGCCCGAGAGGGCCGUGCCCACUCCCCGCCCCCUGGGCUACAGAGCCACAGAAGACACCGGCCUGGCGCCCCCAGGAAGCCACUCCAGCCAGUCUGGGGUUCAGGGAUCGAUCGAGGGGCGCCUGCCUGUCUGCCCUGAUGGGUGGGUUCCUGGCCAGGACAGUGCCUCCUCCCCACCUUCACCCAGGUAAUCGCAGGAGCAGCCGUCUGCCCUCUUGUCGCCAUCCAGCUGCACUAACAUUUCUGAUUAAGUUUCAUUGAUGUUUCCUGCUGAAGUUGGCACAAGUCAGGGGGUGGGGAGCCACAUCAGCCUCAGGGGUUCCCUUAGCCUCUGUGGUAAGAAGUGAAAGUGUAGGAGGAAAUCUCGCUGCCCCGGAGCCCGGAAGUGACCCAGCCCUGCGCUGCCCGGGCCCCGCAGCCGCUCCCCUCCAGCCACACCCCUGAGGUGGGGGUCCCUGCCGGCCCAGCGUCGGGGUCUGUGCUUGCAUUACAGCACUGCCCUCCCUUCCCCGAGCCUGGAACUUCUUGUCCGGUACCUCUCCGAUAAGGGAGCCUGAGCCGGAGGACCGGGGAGGGUGCUGCCGCUCCUCCGGUGCUCCUGGCGGGGCCAUGCUCAGUGUUUACCUCCCAACCCGAGGGGCUGGGGUCUGCGGGCAGAGCUGAGACCUGAGGGAGCGUCUGGAGAAGCCACCAGACGGGCCGGGGCCCCGCCAUAUGCGGGCCCAGCACCUCCAAUACAGGAAAAAGUGGCACAGCCGAGGGCCCUGGUCUCCUUCAUGUCGGAGCUGGGCUUCCAGGGGCGGACGGCCCACUAGAGGGUGUGGGUCCCCGCCCGCCAGGGCGUGAUCCUCCCCCCUCCACGGGCACAUCCAUUCCAGCUGAUGGAGUGGGCAGGUCCCGCCUGGGGUUCCCCGCACGGGUCACUUCCACUGCCCAGAGCACCUCUCUCAGCUGCCUCAUUCCAGGUCCCCCACCUGCCAUGCCCUGAUCUCAGCCCUGGUCUGCCUGGAGCCCCGGGCCCUGCCCAGAUCUCAGCAGAGCCUGCCAGCGGCAUCUGCCGGCCCGGGCUCCCUGCCGCUCUUCCCUUCCCGCAGCGCCCCUCUCCGCCCUUGACCAUGGCCUCUCUCUGCCCUGGAGGCCGAAGGUCUGCAUUAAGUUCACUUACUCAAGACAAGGAGGGCCCUGAAGCUGGGAGUGGGGCUGGUUUGGGAGCCAGUGCCCACCCACCCGGAACCCUGGGGGUCCCAGGUCCUGGCGCCCCCACAGCACCCCUGGCGGUUGCUUCUGUGAACUGCAAGUCCUGCCUUUCUGUUUCUGUUGUAGUGAAAGCUUCCGCUGUUUCCUUCUUGGACCGUGAAGGGCAAAAACAAAAACAAAAAACACAAAAAAAUCACAAAACAAAAAACACA